UGGAAGAGGUGUAAAUCGAUGAAAGUAGGCCAAAAUGAAUUAGUUUUAUACAACAAGUAUUCCCAUAGGUUCGAUGUCGCUGAUGAUAUCUGUUUUAAUGGAAAUGACAGGCUUCAACACUUCCAUAUUGAUAUAUUCCGGCUAUACCAUAGUUGCUUUGAAGGAAGAGAGUGGAAAGGUCAUGCCGUCGCUGAGACGCCUCGUCCACCUUGGCCUGUGCUUCUUUUGUGCCCUAAAUGGAAUUGUCGACUUCUACGCGGACUUUCGCUCGGGUAGACUGCGCUGGUCUCGCUUCCUGAGCAUCUACCGCAUAGUGCACAACCUUUUGGUCCUCGUCCUGACAACCCUGUUGCUGCUAGAGUUUUGGAAUAAUUACUUUCGAGAAAGCAGGGACUCCAUACAGCUGACGCUGAAUUUCUUCGCCUAUUUCCUUAUGGUCUAUCUCACGAUAAUCAGCUGCAUAGACUGUUCCAUCCGGUUACAAGGAAGAAUCAUCAGAACCCUGAAAAAGUUGCAGUGCCAGGAAGAGCUAGGCCGACGCAGAGGAUAUACAUUGUCCAAGGGCAAGGAGCGAUUCCUGGACUGCCUGUUACUCCUCCUCAUAGCCAUCCUAACCCUUAGGAUUGGCAUCCAUGUGGCCCUGAAUGUUCUCCACUCCAGGAUGGGAUUCCGUCACCCGUGCUACUGUUUUAUGUCCGAGUGCAUGAUCUUUGCGAUGAACAGCCUGGCCUUUCUUAUCCUAACUGAUAUCUGCCGGUGCUGGUGGCGCAUGGAGUCCGGACUGAAGGCAAUACUCCAGGACCCCAAGCCGAGAACGGUCGCCUACCAACUACAGCAGAUUCGAAGGCUGGAGGCCAUGUCUCAGUGCCUUAUCGAUCUAACCGCGGAGGUGUGUGGCAUCUUUCAGUUCGUGUUCUUCUGCUACUUGAUCCGCAAUCUAUGGAGCGGCAUCGUUGUGGGUUACCUGCUCAUCCGCAUGUUCCUGGGACAUGGACGCUCCGACGUUGAGUUCAUGUAUCUGGUGCUGGCCUUUGUCACCUGCAUCCAACCGCUGAUGUUCUCGUUGCUGAUGAGCUCUGUGACCCACACGACGGGUUCCCUGCUCGAAGUGGCCAAGCAGAUUGUGCGUACACCCUGCAGGCGGAAUGCUCAGGUGGAUCGAAAGAUGGAGUGGUUUUCGCUACAACUCGCAAGGCAGCACACUUAUAUCACGGUUUUCGGCACAUUUCGCAUGAACCGCUCGCUGGCCUUCCGGAGCUCCUCGGUCAUCCUUUUGCACGUCCUGUACAUGGUGCAAAGCGACUACUCAUCGAUGUUUAAAUGAGGUCAAGACCCUUUUUAUUAUAGCUUUUUAAGUAUUUUAUUUCCCACCAAUAAAAAGCACAUAUGGUUAGUUUUGAAAGUAUCAUCUUGCUCUUGUCUUUUCUGUUUUUAUUUUUAUUUUAUUAUAGAAUUUUUAUCUUGUCCUGCUUAGUUCAUACAAUUAGUUGUUUACCGUUUACGUUUAUGUUUUUUCCAUUCUGAUUUCUAGUUACUGUUUAAAAUCAACAUUCAUAAACACGUCCAUUGAAAUGAUCUGAUGGAGCUCUUUGCUUGUAUAUUUUCAUUCGCUUAAAAUAGUCUGGAAAAUGAUUUACCUUGUGGGAGUUCUUAUAGCGAGAAUGCUGUUAGAGUUUAUAAUGCUUCGGUGUGAGGUGAGGUGAGCUGAGUGGGUGAGUUUUACGUACAAUUGCGCCUCCAGACGAGGGUCACCGGGGUAAUGAUUGAUUUGGGUCUGGGUCUGGGACGUGGACGUGAAGCAUAAGAAGCAACCGAAGCAACUGAGCACUAAAGUAUCUCUAUCUCUCUAGCUGCAGAUCUGAUCUGUACAUCGGGUGUAAAUAUACAAAUAUGCCGUUUGCCAGUGUGUAUAUAUAAGACGCAAAAUAUAUAUAUAUAUUUGUGAUCUGUAGUCUGUGUGUGAGUGUGUUCGUUCUGUUUGUUUCCCUUGGCUCCUCUAUUUUUUUUGUUCUGUUUGCUUGUUUGUCUAAAAAUGUUCGCGCUUAAAACGUUCUCCGUUAGUUUCUGCACAAUUUGCUUUGCAAAAAAUAUACUGUGCCCGCCCAGGGACCCAGGACAUCGCAGGACGUGCUGUGUCCCUGUGCGGGCUCUCUCUCUCUCUGUCUCUGUAUCUCAUUCAGUUUCGUAGGUACUCGAUUCUCACCAAUGUUCAAUUGAAGUGUUAAACAUCUCUGCUGCUGCUGCGCCGCCUUACGGACACUAUAUAGGUAUAUGUGGGUGCAAGUGGGCUAAGUUAAGUAGUAGUAGUAGUUUUAGGGGUCACUAGUGAUUGAGUUUGGUUUCUGGGUUCUGGGUCCUCGAGUUUUUCUAGCUGCUACCUUACGUAAAUUUCGGCGUGGACCAAGCACAACAGUGCGUAUGAGUAAUGUGUCUGCAGGGGCCAUUGUCAGAAGGGAGUAGAUCGUCCUCGUUCGCUAUUCGUAAUUUCGGUUAGAUAUAUGUAUGCAUAUGGUUAUAUAAGUACUGGUAUUUAAAUAUAUACUGUAUACAUGUAUAAUAUAUGCUUAUAGAGCUGCUGCUGCUUCUGUUUCUGCUUUUUAACAUGGAAUAUACACGACACUUAGUUGCUGGUUAUUUAUUUGGUUUUAUAUGGUUUCUCCUGGCUCUUUCAUCUUCUCUUAGCUUUUCUUUGUUCUUUGUUCUUUUGCUUUUGUUUUCGUACUCGUAUUCGUAUUGAUUUUCGUUUUUCUUUUUCUUGUUCUUGUUUUGUUUUUCUUUUUGUUUUUGUUUGGAAAUGCAAAACUCAGUUACGCUAGCUCGUAAUCGUAUUCGUAAUCGUAAUAUUAUCCGUGUAUCUGUGUGUGGUGUCUGGUGUGCCUUGUGUGUGUUUCUGCUUUACUUUCACCUGCUCCAGGCCUGCGCCUCUGGCCGUGGUGGGCGUGGCGUACGCCACCCACCUGUGCCGCCUUUGUACCUUUUUAUUUUGGUGAUCAUCUGCGACGCGUCGAACCUUCGCUGUCGCUGCCUUUAAAGUAUGCUCUAUCCUAACUUUGCAAGCAGAACCGAGUUUUAAGUACACAGUAGGGAUAAACGUACGUAAAGGUAUUUAUAUUGUAUCUUAACAGCAAACAAGUCAACAAUGUGUAAACAAAAACAAGGAUGAGGGCGGGGGGAAUCAAUCGCGAUCCGAUAGGGUACAUUAUACAUGUCUCCUUUUAGAUAUCUCUAUAGAUGUGGACACAACAACAAGUAAUUAUCAUAGAUUUUUGCAGUAUCAGUAUUAUCAGUAUUAUUCAUCGCUUACGAACUACACAUAAAAACACGAAGAGUUCAAGGUUCAAGGACGAAGAUGAAUAUGAGAGUGCGCGUGUGCCUGGGGGGAUGGUUGCCCCUAAUGCUAGACAUACAAGUACAAAUACUAAUACAAACGUGGUGGGAACCGGGGGUAGGUAGUGGGGGCGUCUAAAUUUAAUCAAGUCGAGUCACAAGUCAAUUCAAUCAUUCAAAGUAUUCUCUCAUACAUAUAUCGCCUAGAUCCUAAUAAAGUUCUCUCGGCCGUCAACUAAACCGAUUAUUGUUACAUAUUAAUUGUUAAUCUUUAAUCUUUAAUCGUUAAUCAUUAAUCGUAAUUGUUAAGUGUUAAUUGUUAGGUUUCAUUUUUAAAUUUAAUUUUUAGGAUUUCCUUGAAAUUUCUGUUAACCGAAAUUCCUGGGUCUCGGUCGCCCCAGAACAAAAAGUCUUUGUUUUCGAAAUCAGGGUUGCUUGCAUUUAGCCAAUUUUGAAGACAUCUAGUGGUUUCAGUUAGCCAGCCAAUCAAUCAAUCAAUCAAUGCAAAAUAAUUGAAUACAAUUUCGGCCGAAGUUCUCAUCGCAGCAGUAUCAAAACAAUUGUCCUUUGCCAAUUAUCAUAAAUUUAAAUUGUAAAAAUGUUACAACAACUCUCGGGUAGAAAAACUUAUGUAGAACCUAUUAUUGAAACGAUGCCCUAUGCAAGAUGAUUUCACUUUUACUGAUUCUCGUGAUCCAUCAUUCUCGCUUCGUAUGUUUGUUUUUUUCUUUUUGUUUUUUUUGUUUGAAGUAUCAGUCAGUUUACAAGAAUGGCGAAUGUCUAAUGUCGAAUGUGUGCGAUGCAUGAGAGAGGUGACACUAUCCCCCAAAGUACGAGGGGAUGUUUGAUUGUAUAAACAGCGUAUUGCUUUCUUCAAAUUUUGUUCUUUGUGAUUUUUUUAAAGCAGAUUGAAUGAGUCGAGUGAUAGGCAUGAGAGCGUUGGAAGAGCUGCCAAGAUAUCGACUUAAGAUCUCGAUUCUUCUGCAGCUCUUGGACUUGGAUGAUGCUUCGUUGCUGGCAGUGUAGAGCACUUUGUUCGUUCGUUUUCCGACCAACAACUACCUAGACGGGCUUUACAGCUCCACUAUCCUCUAGUACUAUCCCCAGAUAGCAGCUCUGCUCCGUAUCAUCAUCGCCAUUGUUGGUGAAAAUGGAUAAAUGCGAGGUGCGAAGUGGUUAGAAGAGGACUGUGAUUGUGACGGUGAAAACGCAGCUAAAUCAAGGAUGCGCAAGUCUUUUGCUGGAUACUCACUAAACUAACCGCUUUAAUUUAAUUUAAUGCACUUAAUCUUAAAUGGAGUUCUCAAUGUCUAGCACCGUUCGAGCUGCCUGGCUGAUAUGCGCGCGUGAGUGCGGUGUGUUGUGUGUGCGAGUGUGUGUGUGUGUGGUGUGUCUAUAUAAAAAUGAACGAGUCAAAUAAAUCAGCCUUAUAUUGAAUGCAAUUUUGUUUUUUUUUUUUUUUUUAUAGUUUUUGUGGUUUUACAAUUAAUUUCGCUCUCCAAUUUUCCAAUUAUCCAAAAAAGGUGAACACCAACACACACACACAAUGACAAAGACCAGGCCGCAAAACGGAUAUAUGUAGAUAUCCCUAAGCCCCUGUGGCUGCACACCUAAAUGUACUGUAUAUAUGUAUAUAAUGUAAGUAUCAAUUACUUAGUUAUAUCGUUUAGUGGAUGCAACAUACCGCGCUGAACCAGCAUUCGCUGGUGAGAUUUCUAAUUAUAAUCGAGCUUGAAUCCUCGCUGAGUCCUUCCUAGCUUCCUAGCUUAAGUUAAUGUUAUGUUUACACAUCAAUAACGACGAUAAGUAUCAGAAGAAAUAUCAUAAGUUUCCAUCUACAUGCAUAUUAUCUUAUUUUCACGUACACGGAGGCAAAUAUGCCCGAUAUUAUAAUUUGUAGUUUUAUGUUUUUAUAGAUAUAAACGCAUCGGUCUGUCUUAUGCAAGCACCUCUCUAUCCGUAUCUGUAGAUCGUCAACGAAAGAACUAUAUAUUUAAGAAUCUGAAGCAUUCGAAAGUUAUGCAAUGCGAUCUUUUCUACGUCUGAGACCCUGGGAGAAACCAUGACUGUUCGAGAAAUGCAUUCAAUCGUCGUCUUCCGGAGGGGAAACAGGUGUAGAGAGUCCGGGAUUACGGAUCGUAACGGUCUAUCCGAAACACAAGAUAAAAACUGAAACUCAAAACUGAAAUGAAGAAAAUCAUAAUGAAAACAAGGUUUUUGGUUUUUGUUUUGUUUAAUUAUAAAUAACAAUUGUAUUUUUGUUGGUUUUGUUUGUUUUUUUUUUAAUAAAAUGGGUGUUCUUGUUGUUGUUGUGUUGCUUUCUUUUCAAGAAAAAAGAAGAACUAAAAGAAAUAUUAUAUUUCUCGCUAUUGAGUGAAUCUAUGUAGCAUUCACGUUCGAUGGAUUAGAGCUUGAUAGAUCUACCACUAUAUGUUCUUCUGAUUCUGAUUCUUCUCCUCUGAUGUCACUCUUCUUCGUUGGUUGCUGUUGUUGUUGGUUCAGGCCAGGUCCAAGGACCGCCUGGGAUUUCUUGCUCUUUUCGUGAUCAUGGUAAUCGUACACGUAAAAUAGUAAGAAAUAUUAGCGAUAAUUAUAUAAUAAUGGAUAGUUUUCUUUUCCUUUCUUUUCUCGCUUGCUUGCUUUCUUGGUUGCUUGUUUCUCUAAAAAUAUCACUUAAGUUUAAAUAAUUUCCAGAACGCAACGAAAUAGAUCGAGUGUACGUAUGUACUUAGCUACGUAGUGUUUGGGGUGUGUGUUUCUGUGUCAGUGUGGUGUGUGUGUGUGUGUAGGUAGGGUGCACGAAAAUUAGCAAGAAAAACAAUAAUAAUGAUGACAAUAAUCAUACGCGUAAUCAUAAAUCGUAAUAAAGACAGACAAAAAGUAAGUAAAAUGUUUUUUUUUUUGUAAUUUCUCUCCGUUCUCUCAGUUUGCAUUUUACUCCUCCGACUUGUUGUUGUUGUUGUUGUUGUGGGUUUGAUUAAACUUAUAGUAUUAAUAAAAACGAAAUACAAGUGUAAAAAUGUUGUUAAACUUUUUCGCAUUACACAAAAAAUGGCCACCAUUAUGAAUUUCAUUCAAAUCACGGCAAACAAUUUCAAUGAAAUUAUCGCUUGCGUGUUUUCUCCUUACGGUUUUUAAGCUCAAGCUCCUCGUUCUUUCUUUUAUCAAUUCUUUCUUAUUUUCCUUUCUUUGAUUUCCCCCUUCUGGCUUUUCUUUUUUCCAUUAAACUGUUUAAAGCUGCUGCCGCUCUUAAGCUCAAAUUUCCCUUCUUUAUAACAUAUCUCUCUCUUUUUUCCCAAGCUUUUCCAAUCCUAAUUCCUCGUUCAGCUUUCCUCCUUUCCGUUUUCCUCGCUUUUCCACGCGUGUGUGGGUGUGUAAUAUGGGGAUUCUAUAUUUACAUAUUCUAGACUUUAGUUUGUACUUCCAAUUUGGUUAAGAAUUCCUUGUGUAUUUUAUCUUUUCUUCUCCGUAAAUUGCCUUUCCUCCUCGAUCUCAGUUAUAUCGAUGCUUAUAUAAGAUAUAUAUAUGUAUAUAUUCCUCGCAAACCUCGCUGGGUCUUUUCUUUGUGACGUCAUUGUAUUGUAUGUUUAUACCGUAAUUUGAACAAUUCACAACAGUUGCACAACGCAAAAAGUUUUUUUUGUUUUUGUCAAUUUUAAAUCUUUAAAUCUUAGAUUUUAGUCAUAAGUUCGUUACAAAUUAAUCAAUAGACGAAUUUCUCUCGUUUUUCGUUUUUGUUUGUGUUUUGUUUUUUUGUUUAGAAAAUAUCAACUUAACAAUGUAUUAAUAAAAAUUUGAACAUGUUUGAAAAACGUUUUUCCUUCUGGCUCCAAUAUAGAAAUUUUGAAAGUGGCUGUUUUUUAGGUUCUUCAAGGAUCUAACUCGAUCUCUCCUUUUCUGUCUGUUAUCUGUUAUCUGUUAAUUGUGUGUCUGUCGUCGGCCUGUCUGUGUCUGUUUGUUUGCUUGCUUUCUUGGUUUUUUUGUUUAAAAUUCACUACAUUUAAGUUUAAGUUGCUCGUUAUGUCUAUAUGUUACAGAGUAGCGUGGGCUUGGGGGUCUUGGGAUCUGGGUUCUGGCCGGGGUUCGGGUUCGGGUUUGGGCUUGGGUAAUUGUUCUAUGGAUGUUUGACAGUCUGUGGACCUUUGGGUGGCGGUGUGUCGGGUGUGCUCUGGCUGGGUGCUUAAUUAACUAGAUUAUUUAGCUGUGUGUCCUUCUCUAUUGCCGUCCUCGUAUGCAUGAAGUUUGAUUAAUACUUAACUCUUAGCGCUUUAACACACACAUACAAAUUGUUGAAACGGUUUCGUUUUGUUUUGGAUUUGAAUUACACAAUGAUUAUGCAAGUAAUUUAACUAUUUGUUUGUCGUUUAUGCCUAUUAUAUAAUGUGUAGAUGCAACGCCUUGAAUAUUUAAUAUCUGCAUAUCUUUAGGUUUUCGUUUCGUUUCGUUUUUGAAUAUUCUGCUUUAUAGUUUGCCAUUUUGAUUAGUUUUUGUUUUGAGUUUGUUUAGCUUUUGUUUAUGCUUUCCAUUUUCUUUGUUUAGAGCGAGAAGUAGAACAGAAAUUGCACUUAAUACUAGAAAAAAAUUUACUAGAGUUCUUACAAACUAAAAAAAAAUCAAAUGUAUAUUUGCUUUAAAUAUUGUUUCUUUUGUUUUGUUUGUUGUUUAUGUUUGAAUUCAUUCUUUCCUCCUUUCGCUUUCUUUUUUUUUUUUUGCUGUUUUUUCUUUUGCUUUUUUUAUGUGUUUGUUUUAUGUAAAACAGCUGGCAUACACGAAUUUAAUCUGUUUUUCUGUUUUUUUUUUUGUAUAUAAAAAUGUGCCAACUGCUGCUGGUUUGCUGUUGCUUAUUUUGCUUUGUUUUGUUUUGUUUUACUUUUUGUUUUGCUUGUUUUUAACAUAAGAAUUAACAAAGUCAUUUUAUAAAUAAAUAUUGUAUAGGUUUAUAUGUAUAUUUACGCACUGUAAUAAUAGUCAUAAUGAUAGUAAUAAUAAUAAUAAUUAGAUUAUUGUAGAUUGCAAAUGUUGCCCGGGCGCAAAUGCUGUCAGCAACAUUUGCACGGCAGUUGGCGAACACCUGCACAACAACAAAAGAGAUACCGUUACGUGUUUAAGGUGCACAAUUCAAUGCAGAGUAAAUAAGAAGAGACCAUUUUUCGUUUGCAUUUUGCAUUUGUCGGGCUUCCUCCUCCGUGGGCAGCAGCCACAAUCCUCCAGAGCUCGGCGGGAGACGAUCGACGGUCGUGGGUAGGCGGUAGCUGUCCUAGCCCUGCAUCAGCACGGCCUGCGCCUGUUGCUGUUGCUGCUGCUGGUGCUGGCUGGCGGCUGCUCGGCUCCAGGCCAGCAGGCCAUUGGCCGCAGCCACCUGCUCCUCCUCCUGAUCCGUCGCCUCCGCCAUCUGCUCCUCCU